GCUAGUUUUACUCUUAUUUGUUUUAAAGGAGGUCAAGAUUCAAUGUAAUUCGGUGGCAUGAAGCAGAAUAUCAGGCAGGGAUUCGAGGAUUCGCAGAAGCAGUUUGAUGACCUGUUGAAUACGUUGUCAGGUAUUGAUUGUGAGAACACUAUGCCGUCUCAGGACACCAAGGAUCCUAGUUUGAAGAGCUUGUCGUCCUCCAGAUCUAGUUUGACUAAGAUUUCUUCCGUUUCCAGUAAUAACAGGAGCUCCACAGCUCCUAGUAAGAAGUCUUCAGUUUCUUUUUCUAGUGCUGAUGUGCAGCCAAACGAAAGACAUCAGUCUAAAUCUGCUCUCAGUUCAAUCAGUAGUAAUUUCCGUGUCAGAAAAUCAAAAAGUUCAGACUUUGGACGGUCAAAUAAGAUGAGUUAUACGCAGGCCGCGGAACCAAAUCCUCGCAGGAAAUCCGGGUAUCACUCGGGGCCAGACGUUCGCUCCGGAAGGAAAUCUGACUAUCAUUCGGGGCCAGAUUCUCGUUCUGGAAAGAAAUCAGGAUAUCACUCGGGACCUGAUUCCCGUUCAUUGAAGAAAUCAGACAGUAAGGCCGAAUCAGAUGUCCGUUCAGUAAAGAAAUCAGAAUUUAAUCCCAUGUCAGAUUUUCGUUCAGACUUUAAUUCCGGAAUAGACCCACACUCUGCAAAGAAAUCUGGUUCGGGGCCAGAUUCCCGUCCAGCCAAGAAACCAGACUUAAAUCCUGGGCCAGAUUCCCACCCAGCCAAGAAAUCUGCUAAAAAGUCCGGGUACCAUUCUGGACCAGACUCUCGUUCAACUAAAAAAUCUGGUAAAAAGUCCGGUUAUCAUUCUGGACCAGACUCAACUAAAAAAUCUGCUAAAAAAUCCGGUUACCAUUCCGGACCAGACUCCAGAUCAGCCAAAAAGUCCGAAGUAAAAAGUCCGGACUCCAGACAGAGCUCUCGUCCUAGCUCUCGAGCAGAGAGCGAGGCCACCUCCAAAACAUCCACUUCCUCUCGAGGACCCCAAGCUCCCAGUAAAAUCACCUACGAUUACUCAGCCGAACCCAAGUCACGUGACCAAGCAACCAAACUCUACCAGCCCUCCUCAGACUCCCACUCCCAGAGCUCCUCCAACAACAUCUCAGAAACAGACAGUAACCCCCAGCGGAGGAUAAUAUCAGAUUCCCAGAGAGAAGCAGGCAGCUACUCUCCCAGCUCAUACGAGUCUCUAGCUCGGGAUCAGAUGGACGCUAGGCAGCUCUUUAACCCUUAUAUAGACGGUACAGGGAGUUAUCCCCUCCAUUCGUCCCCGUUUGGGCCACUGCCAGGAUCCAAAGUCGGGCCGGUUGAUCCGAGGGUGCUCCAGGGGUCGUCCCAGGACAGUCUAUCAGCCAGUACGAACAGUAAUAACAACCCAAGUGACCCAAUGUCACCCCACCUUACAUCCCCUCCUUCUUCAGAGAAUAGGGCUGGUUUCUACAAGGGUCGAGUACAAGACAAACUAGCCCUCCCACCCCAGACUUCCCCAGAGUGGGUCUCAGGAACCAACGGUACAGGCCACUGUGGGGACUGUGAGACUACAGAACAACAGCUGAGAGUGGGGGCUGUCAACAUUGUACGGGAGAACGAGACUAGACUCACUAACGCUCUCAAGAGUGUCAAGUCCCAGAGAGCGACGAGUGGUUACCGCAGUGACUCAGUCCUCGGACCCUCCAGCACGGACCACAAGAAACGUAACCACCGCUCAGUAGACAAGAUCUCCAACCUCCACAAGUCCACCGAGAACCUCAAGACUAAUUACGUGGAGCUGGCUUCAUUCGGACCUCCUCCUCAGAAACCAGCGGGUAAAGCUUACAACAGUGGGGUUAAACACACACCACAGCCACAACCUCCUAGUAACGGGGUUCUUGGUAACAGUAGUCAUGGUAACGGUAGUCAUGGUAACAACGGGACCCAGAAGAGCGAGCACGCGUAUGCUAACCUGCCCACACGCUACAAUACUGCACCCAACUCUAACAACCACGUUAACAACGACCAGGUAAAACCUCCCCGACCCCGACUACAACCGUCCCGGUCAUUCCACCACGCGUCCCAAUUACUGGUGGAGCAGCAGCCCCGCCCCAGAACCAACUCCCUGCCGGGGGUGGGGGACUGGGGGGCCUCCUUCCCUGGGCCUCUCGAGGGGGAGUAUGAGUUCGUGGACGAGUUCAUGUUAGCAGGUGGACCCCCAAUAAUGAACGGGCACACAGACCAGAUCUACAAGCUGCAGAACACAGUGUCAGCUCCCUCCGACAUGUCUGGUAAUGACACGUGGCAUGGUCCUGAACCCAGCGUAACUCCUGUACCACCCGCUGAUAUUCCUAACAGAACUAUCACAGACCUAGCCCCAAUCCCUCCCAAAAGAACAGAGAGCUCCAGGUUCUCCUCCAGAUUAAAGCGGAAGAAGGACAGCAAGUCAACUCCCUCCACUCCUAGCUCUACUCCUGAUCCUAAAGCAACCCCUCAGAAGGACGGAUCUUUCUUUGCCAAGGCAUCGCAGAUGUUCAGGAAGCGGAAGAAGGAACGCCCGCUGACGUACGCCGAGCUGAUGAGGCUGUUUGCGCCGCCUCCUCCGCAGGGGCUCCUGCGCGCCUAUCACACCGAGGGUAGCCGCGCUACUGACAACUAUGCGUACAACGUUAAAGUAGGUAUGAGGAUUAGUCCAAACCCGCAGAACAAGGAGUCUAUAUUGUCAGUAGAUGAGGGAAAAUCUACUGUUCUAAUCGCUAAUGAGACUCUUUUCUUUGAUUACGUUCACGGUCCCCAAAGUAAGCAGAUAGACGUGUGUUCCUCUAUGUUGUCUGAUGUUCUCCCUGCUAUUCUACACGGCAGAUCCGUUGUCGUGGUUACCUUCGGCAAAAACUCUCUCGGUCGCCAAUUCUCUCUGAUCGGAUCACGUGACUCCACCCAAAGUCUAGGACUGGUCCCGACCGCUGUCACGUGGUUAAACAAGCUGGGAGAUGAUGACAGAAGCAAGUGUGGACCUAACACUGUUCACGUCACCUCUCUUAGAUUAGACGAGCAGAAGUCGCUGAGUGAGUUUGUUUCCCCGGCAACUAUCUCUAAAUCUGAGGAUCUGGGAAAGUAUUUGGAUAAACUGACUUUAACUCUGCCUGCUCGGGAGCAUCCUAACGACGAGGCUCUAAUAAUAAACAUGACGUUCUCCAAGUCUAAAUCUAAAAAGAAGAACAAGGAUAACUUUGGUAUGCUGACUUUCAUUGAUGUGGGCACUCCUAUUCGCAAGAACGAUAAUUCCAACGUUCUUUGUUGGCAGUGGCUGCAGGACGUAACCCAAACGACGGGGAACAAAUUCUUCGAAACGUUCGUCCAACUCCGCCACAAUCUGAUGCAGAGUAAAACCCACAUCGUGUCGGUUGGUCACAUAACCCACAGUCCUAAAGAUUACCAAGCUAUAGGUAUCACUCUUAACCUGGCUACUAGACUUUAUAUGCGUCAUCUGCCGGCAGCUAAGAGGAGUGAACUACAGAGGCUGAAGCGGGAGAAGGAAUAUUCGUCUGCUACCUCCACUGGAGAGGAAUCUGCUGAUACUGUGAUCUACAGACCAGGACUAGCUAGUGACGGAGAAGGACCCCCCAAAUCUUACCUCCCUGAGCGAACUAAGGGUGACGGACAGGAGAAAUCCCCUCAGUUCUGCAACAACAAGCGACCACCAGGACGGAACUACAGUGACACGGAAGAAGCCAGGAAACCCAGGUUACCUACCGGUUAUCAUAGUGACACUGGUAGGGCGCACGUGAGACGAGGUACGGGGUACGCUAGUGAUGGUGGCAGCUACAAACCCUCCCUUCACAAUUACACGCGGCCGGUAGCACCCCAACAGCAGCCUACAACCUCUCACCAGCCGUCCCGGUCUCGUCAGUAUGCUCUGACUGACAGCGAGGACUUACGGCACACUUCUGGAUCUGCCAGACAACACAAACAGUUUGCUAGUGAUACUGAGAACUUGACUGGAGUUCAUGUUGAACCUCCAAAACGCCGUCAAACCUCCAAAACAGCUCAAACUGCUGAAGAUGUUCGACAGAAGCGGGUCCAGAAAAACCAGCAACAGUUAAAACGAUACUUUGAACUGCUCAGGUUAAAGAAUCAGAGAGAGGCUAUUCUGCAGCAAUCUAAAGAAAUGCGAGGAAUAUCAACCCCAGACAGUGCAGUUAGUGAAGACAAAGCAGUAGACAAAGCAGGAUGGUCUGCAGAGAACCCCACUAAAUCAGCCCCAGUGCAGGACAACGUGGUAGAUCCUAUCCUAGAGGAGGACAAGGAGAACGAGGAAGUGAAACUCCGAGUACGAACUGGAUCAGAAUCUCGGAGUAAGGUAGAUAACAGACGUCUCUACACUAUAUACGACACGGAGGAUGAUGGUGCGGUGCUGGACCAGUUCCUGGACGAGAACCGUCCCCGGAGGAGCAAGUCAGGGUACAAGAGCGACAGUGGGGUUAAAUCCAGUAGAGAGAAGACGGAGAUAUCCCGGGAGUGGCUUCAGAAGAUCAAGAAGAAGAGGCAGACUCCCCCCACUGGCAAGUUUAUAGACUACGGACCUAUUGACUUCAGUGAGAAGCCCCAGAUAAGAGAGGUGAAGCCGAAGAGAGUGAAGAACUCUAUGUCAGAGGACGAGUUGUUAACCAGGGGAAAUGGUGCUAACGUCAAUAAUCGAGACUUGAGGCACAGUGACAGGCGGAAUGACAAGAGGUCAGGAUACAGCACUGAUGCUCCUUCUUCCAACUCCUCCAGCGCUCGACCCAAACCCCGGAGUUCUGGGUACCAGUCAGACGGUCCCUCGCAGAGACACAGACACCGCAACAACCGACACGCUGAAAAUCAGUCUGAGAAAAAGAGGGUAGUCCAAGAAGUAGAGGAACUUUACUUAGAUCAACUGUAUGAAGAGGUGCAAGAGAUCGAGCAGUUGGUUCAGCACAAGAUGCAGUGGAGGGGUGCUGUUCAGGACCUCGACUAUUUCGACCAGCAAAUUAGGAUCCUGGAACGGCGGAACUCUCUGAUCGAAAAACUCCGGAGGAAACAAUUCGAACUGUUAUCAGAACUGAAGUGUACAAAAGACAACUUGAUGAGCACCGAUUGGAAACCUGACUUAACGGUGGACAGUACGAUGAACGAAAACUCGCCCGGCUAUCUCAGUGCACUGUGGAAGGAGACCAGUAACCUGGAGACGCGCGUCAAUACGUGCAAAUCUAAAAUUCUAGUCGAAACAUCAUUCAUGUGAAGAAAACACGUGAUUGAUAACGUGACUUACCAAGCAAUGUAUCAAUCGGAUUUUACUUGAGACCAUUCCUGUGGCGAAAUCAGUGUUUUCUAGGACGGUGAUUUUUACCCGUUACUGUCAGAGAGUUGCAUGAGAAUGAGGAAAUGUGAAGCUGUCUGACGUCAUCAUAUCACAUGUCAUCAGUUAUACUUUUCACCUUCAGAUGAAUAAAGAAGAUUGAUCCGAUCCAGUCAAAAGACAUGAUUUCAGAAGGUUAAAACCUAAUUUAUAGGUUUAAAUUGUUGUAAGGGAUUUAAAAACUCUUGUGUAAAGUAGAGCAAUUGCUUUGUUUAAAUAAGUGUGAAUUAUCGUUAUUUUAUUAGAUACA